GGGGUGGUGGUGCUCGCGGGGGUUCGCGGUGCUCGCGAGCGUCUGGCGGCCUAGAAGCAGCCCGUUCGCGCCGCGAACGGUGGGGGUAGCCGCGGCCAUGUGCUCGCGCGUCGACGCUCUAUCGGCGAUCAGUCGUUGCCGCGCGCUCACGUCGAGCGUUUCGUGUGUUCUCGGUACAGUUUUCAUUCAACGUCUGAUCCCGCGGUUAUCUUGAUUCCAAAAACCGCGUAACGAAAGGGAACGUAACCCGGACCAUCGCCAAAGGAAGCUAGUUCAACGAUGACGACAGUGCGCACCCUGGAUUGCUCGGCGCGCGUGUGAUCAAGGAUUCCACCUUAAACGAGGGGGUGAGAAAUCGAUUUCGAUCGCGGUGAAAAUCGGCAAUUCGUGAUCCCGUUUCACGGAAGAUGCCAAGGUGAUCCCGUAAACCCUCUCUUACGUUCGUCUCGAUCGUCUUCGCACACUUGAUUGCGGUUGUUUUUUUAUCUGAAUCGGGUCGAGCUUCGCCGUCGACGAGAGUUCUCCACGGUGACCAAGUGAGCUCCUCGACUGUUCCGUGAACGCAUCCUGGCGCGUUGUUCCCGGCGUACAGUGGAAUUAUUCACGAUCGUGCCGCGAUCAUGCACCACACUGCGCCCUGGUACCUACCCUGGGGCCUGAAGCUGGUGCCGCUGCCGAUACCGCCUGGACAUCCCGCUUCCGGGAUCCCGAAUCCCGGUUUGCACCUGCUGGCACCGUUGCCAGGGAUCUACGCCCCCGAACCACGAAAGGUUGAUUUAAAACCACUCAGAGAGGCGACGAUCACUGUCCCAUCGCCAAAGAUCUCCGAAAAGCGAAAGUCUGAGGAAGCCGAUGUCAACAAGGAUUUGAAAAAGGCGAAAUUGGAAACGAAAGCCCUGAAAGCGAAGAGGCCGGGAUUCACAGACGAACGGUACAACGAGACCAGCUAUUACGUGGAGAACGGACUCAGAAAAGUGUACCCUUACUACUUCACCUUCACCACAUUCACGAAAGGGAGAUGGGUGGGCGAGAAGAUCCUCGAGGUUUUUGCACGAGAGUUCCGCGCGCAUCCGGUGGAUGAGUACAAGCGCUGUAUCAUAGCGGGAACCCUGACCGUUAACUAUCAAAAGGUGGACGUUGAUUACAGAUUGCGGCACAAUGACCUGCUGGCCAACGUCGUUCACAGACACGAGGUGCCUGUCACCUCGGAGCCGAUCACGGUGAUACACAUGGACGAGGACGUCGUCGUGGUCAACAAGCCCGCCUCCAUUCCUGUGCAUCCGUGCGGACGGUACAGACACAACACCGUGGUCUUCAUCCUGGCGAAAGAGUACAACCUGAAGAAACUCAGGACCAUCCACAGGCUGGACAGACUGACCAGCGGCAUUCUCCUUUUCGGUAGGACGCCCAAGAAGGCGAGGCAGAUGGAGCACCAAAUAAGAAACCGACAGGUUCACAAGCAGUACGUGUGUCGAGUGGAGGGCGAGUUCCCUGAAGAGGAAGUCGUCUGCUCGGAGCCGAUCGAGGUGGUGUCUUACAAGAUUGGUGUCUGCAAGGUGUCCGAGAAGGGCAAGGACUGCGUGACCAGCUUCAAGCGUCUCAGCUACAACGGCAAGUCGUCGGUGGUGCUGUGCAAGCCUCAAACAGGACGAAUGCAUCAAAUCCGCGUGCAUCUUCAAUACCUAGGCUACCCAGUGGUGAACGAUCCGCUGUACAACCACGUCGUGUUCGGUCCCCAGAAGGGCAAGGGUGGGAACAUCGGGAAGACCGACGAGGAGUUAGUCAGAGAUCUGAUCAGCAUCCACAACGCGGAGAACUGGCUGGGCAUGGACGGGGAUUCGGAGAUGAGCCUGUUCAAGCCGAAGCUGGACAUGGAGGAUCGCGUGCUGAGCAACGACAAGGACGGCUCAUCGCCUUCCUCGACGCCAGGCCUCGGGGAGGAGGAGCAGCAACAGCAACAACAGGAACCAUCGCAGAAGGUGACCGUGGGCACUCAGACCGGUUCGGAGCCGCCUGAUUCCAACUUUACGAACGACAAGAUGACGAUCGACCCGCACUGCUACGAGUGCAAAGUGAAGUACAGGGACCCGAAGCCCUCCGAUCUGGUGAUGUAUCUGCACGCGUGGCGCUACUGUGGCCCCGGUUGGGAGUACGAGACCCCGCUCCCAGCGUGGGCGGCCAGCGACUGGGCCGAGGAGGACCGAUAGUUCCGGUUCAGGAGCCCACCAUCGAGCGAACGAGCUGUCAUCACCCUUCGUAUCCCUUUUUGAUAUCCUUACCCCGUGCCUUCCAUCCGCCAGCGAGCGAUCUCGACCAUCGUACAUGUACCCACCCCUGUGACCAGGUCGCUGGACUCGCGAUGAGACCUCGACGCUGGUCCUCGACGAGCGUGUGUCGCGCCAGGUGUCUGCGCCGAAUCGAGGUUCCAAGAUGCGCGCCAAAUGGGAUCCUCUCGAUAGACCUGUCCUGGAUGUGACCGAUGGAACAAACAUAGGGAUCCGAUUAAGUCAGUUUUGACUUCAGGGAUGUUCUUGAGUACAAACUACCGAAUAGAUUUACUCACGAUUUCAAUCUAUUGGCUACAGAGAGAAAGCAAGAUCAGUCCUGGUUAACGUAAAAUACAACACCGUCAGUCUUGUUCCUUGAGAGACUGAUCUUUCUUUUUUCUGCAAUACUGCUCGCUGUACCUAACACCUGACAAGGUCUUAAAGAUCUAACGACUCAAGAGGAUCCUUCUAGGCCUGUCCCUGUUGCGUUCGAGAACUAUCGACUCGGCAGCCAGCAGGUUUUGUAUUUACUCCGACAAGUAUUUUUCAAAUCGUUCCGUAACCUCGACAGAUCCGCUGUGACUGGGUCUGAACAGCUAUAAUUGCGAGGUAUCGAGCUAGAAAUGUACGCUUCAACGACUGAUUUUGCCCAGGUUCACGCGUUAUCGAGGAUCCCGACUGUCCCGCAUGAAAGAUUGAACCAAUCAGCCAUGUACGAAGCUGGUUCUAUAAAUGGGUCGGUCGAAAAAUCACUGCCACCGAAGCGCACGAGAGAAGAUUGAUGCAACUGUCAACCACGGGAGCCUAGAUGGAUCGCGUCGUCCUUAUUCUUGAUUUAUGACACAUACAGAGACGAGAAGCAGUAACGCUCCUUUUCAUUUCAAAGAUUGGGCCUCGAAGACGAAAUUCGAUACUGAGUUCGAAAGGAAGCGUGCCUACUUGGAUGUUAAUUUUCUAGUUCUUCUACUCUCUUAUGUAACUCAUGGUAAAGUUAAGAUCAACUGAUGAAGUACUGAACUCUGGACACCGCAUAAAGAACACCGAAGUUAAUUCAUCGUCAAUGUAGAUAUAGAUACAUUCUCAGUUAUAUAAAAUAUAUUUUCCAGCUACUCUUUCAAUCAAGAGCUUUAUCGAUAGAACUGGUACAUUAACCUUGUAAUUCGAUAAUAAAUUGUCUGACCCUUCUUAUACGUA